AUAAGCCUUUGUCAUCAGCUCAGAGAAAACAUUUCCCCUCAACCCACAACUCCUCUUCUUCCUCAUCAGUUAGAGAGGGAGGGGAGAGAUUGAGAUGCAGCUUUUGUCUCUGAUAUCUGGCUAUAGUACGGGUUUUAGUAAUGGUGCCUGUUUGCUCUCAGCAACAAAGGGAAAUGGGAAGAAAGGAGCAGAAAACCCAGUUCCUGAAAAGCAAUAUUUCAAGAGUUUGGUUCCACCUCUAAUGGCCGCACUUGUAGCCUUAUCUCCUAUCUGCAACACGCCAGUUUCAUAUGGACAAACCAUAGACAUACAAAGAGGAGCUGCAUUGUUUCGUCGAGCUUGCAUUGGGUGUCAUGAUGCAGGCGGAAAUAUAAUCCAACCGGGCGCUACUCUUUUUGCAAAAGAUCUUCAAAGAAAUGGAGUCGAAGGAGAAGAGGAGAUAUACCGUGUGACAUACUAUGGCAAGGGAAGAAUGCCAGGCUUUGGUGAGAAUUGCACGCCAAGGGGCCAAUGCACAUUUGGAGCCCGUUUGCUGGAUGAUGAGAUCAAGCUUUUGGCCAAGUUUGUCAAGUUACAGGCUGAUCAAGGGUGGCCAAAUAUAGAAAGUAGUGAAGAUUGAACCCCAAGGACCAAAAGGGUGCAAGUAGUUCCUAAGCUGACUCAAAUCCUGCGGAGAAUGCUCCAGUCAUUAGCUUACUUCAUUGUCUCACAUUAGCAUCAUUCAAAACUAAUGCUUCUUGGCAUGACACAGAAUCCUCUGUUCCAUAUAUUCAUUACUUAGAUGCAUUUUUCAAUUAAUUCCUCUCAUACAGAAUUCCUAUGAACAGAGUUUUUCGAAUGGAGUGAAACUCUCAUAGUUUCAAUAUCAAGUCAAAUAGACUAAAAAAGACUUGGGAGAGAAAUCAUUCUUCAACUCUGAGCGCUCUUUUCUUUGUACACCGGAUAAUAGAUUUAAUAAAUUGAACGAGGUUGUAGUUGUA